ACCCCGCCGGCCCCUCAGCUGCUCCGACGCCGACGCCCGAUAGAUACUCACUCAUACUUACUUAUGUCCCAGCGGCCAAACCGCAAAGUCGCUUUCUCCCAUCUCCAUACACUCCUUCAACCAUGACUGCCCUGGCCGACGGCGCUUCCAACGAGAUACGUCCAUAAACUCCACCCAACACCCUGAAUCGAUGAUCGCCCAGUCCACUGCCAGGCCUCGCUCCCUGGACUAUACACUCGUCAUAUGGAUGCGCCCCUCGAGACUGCUCCACCAACCGCUGCAACGUCACCGCCGAGCCGCCCUAUAGACCCGGUCGCAUCCUCUGUCCGCCCUCGCAACUCCAAAACCUCCCAAACCGAUCGCGUCCGAAGCCCGCCAUCCAUAGCUCGUUCAUGUCACCCCACGUUGAGCCACAGGCACCGGCGACCAGACUACCUCUCGAUCCCCGUGAGACGUCGCCAGCCAAGGACGAGGACAAGGACGCCAACUCGAAAGCCGACUCCGAACCCGACUCCAAUCAGUCUACCGCCCCUCCAACUCCGACUCCCAUCCAGCCGCGGGAUCUCGUGCGCCUCUUCCAAUGCCAGAUAUGCUCGCUGCCACUGCGCGAGCCCGUCUGCCUCCCAUGUGGUAAAAGCAUGUGCAGGCGGUGCUUGCCCCAUACCCACCUACGCACAAACAUCUCUUAUCCCGCUCUACCCGGCCGACUCCAAGGCUUUCGCUGUCCGUUCCCAGACUGCGGCAAGGAGCAUGCCCUCGAAGAUUGCGCCGUCAAUGUCAUCUUGAACAAGGUCGCCGAGCAACUCAGACACGAGAUCGACCUAGGGAGGAACCUGGCUGCCACCUCAGGUCUCUCCACUCGCGUUUUCACUCAGGAUCCAUGGGCUAUUGCUGGUGUUGCGUCAUUGAGGGACGACGAUGGCAGCUCGCAGGUGUUGGAAGGAGGCAGGAUCGUUGCGACUUACACCAUGGCGGAGGAUGGUGAUCUCAAAUAUCAGGCCGACGUCUUGUACGACGAGAUAUCGAAUACGUCUGACCGAGAUAUCGGAUUGGCCAAUGACGAGCACCUCGCUGCGAAAGCACAGGAACUGGCAAGGGCCGAGAUGGACUGCCAGGUGUGCUACGCUCUCUUUUGCGAUCCCUUAACGACAGCCUGCGGCCACACCUUUUGCCGCUCCUGUCUCCAUCGUGUCCUGGACCACUCCAGCUACUGCCCCAUUUGUCGCCGCCAGCUCGCCAUCAACCCGCUGUUGGACCGCAACGCCUGUCCGUCGAAUAGUACUCUGAGUCGCAUCAUCGAAACCUUCUGGCUAGAUGACGCUGAGGCCCGCAAGGAGUCAGUUGCGGCCGAAAGUGCGAGCCAACUAGAGGACCUUAACUUCCCCAUCUUUGUUUGCACCCUGGCGUUCCCGCGCAUGCCGACCUUCCUCCACGUCUUCGAGCCUCGCUAUCGUCUCCUAAUCCGGCGAGCGAUGGAAGGGGACCGUACGUUUGGCAUGGUUCUUCCCAGGUUCUCCCCGAGAGGAGACGACGCCGAGUUCCACGAGCUCGGGACCUUGCUGCGCAUCGUCAACGUUCAGUACUACCCGGACGGGCGGAGUCUCAUCGAGACUGUGGGUCUAUCCCGGUUCCGGGUCCUUCGCCAUGGCUACCUCGACGGCUACACCGUAGGCAAGACCGAACGAGUCGAUGAUGUGAGUCUACAAGAGGAAGAGGCAAUGGAGGCCGCCGAGGCCACUCCGCAGCCAUCACCGGAGCAGUCCGUCGUCGAUGACGAUAAACAGACCGAGGAAUCCCCAGAGCAUCCCGAAGCCCGGUCCGGCCCAACCUCAUUAUCAGAAAUCGAUGCCAUGUCGACGCAGCACCUCAUGCAAUUCACCACAUCAUUCGUCACUCGCAUGCGCAGUCAAAGCGUCCCGUGGUUGACGGAGCGCAUGCUUUCCAUUUACGGCGAGUGCCCAGACGAUGCCGCCAUAUUCCCCUGGUGGUUCGCUAGCAUGCUCCCCGUCAAGGACCUCGAAAAGUACCGCCUCCUCGGCACCUCGAGCGUUCGCGAACGCCUCAAGAUCUGCUGCUCGUGGAUCAUCGAGUGGGAGGCGUCCCGAUGCAUGUAACUGAUUAACAGCCGGCCAGGUCUCUCCGCGAUUGCACAAUACUCUAGCUGAUCGCUCUCCGCUUUUGUUUUCUAAGAACUAUCUUCGACAUAAUGCUUUUAUUGUUUUGCAGUUGACUGUUGCA